CAAAACUGUCGGCAACCGCACAUUUGGAGGGUCUGAUGUAUGAUAAUCGGUCUACUGAGGUGAAAAUGCAGCUGCAAAACCGUGGGGAAUGCUACGUAGGACGAUAGUACUUGCAGACACGGAGAAGGAAAAAUACGAACGCAAAUAAAAAUGCUGGAAGUACUUUUUACGCUGCUGAGAUAAAUUAUUUCCUGUUGCCGAUUGAAACAAGAGCGUUACCUUUUUUGACGCAAACAACUCACUUCGAACAAAUUGGACAAUCAUUCUGUUGCUGUGCCGCGUUGGGGAGCUGCAUUGUAUCGGAGAGACCAAACAAUAUAAGACACCCGAGGAGAAACUGACGGAAUGAGGCAAUCAAUUACGCUCCCAAUUUUUGGAUUUUUCCUCAUAUUACUUGGCAAACCAACCGAGGGAUUGGAGUUGAAUAAUAACAACCAAAGAAAACACUACAAGAUUUCUCGCCAAUUUGAUAGUUUGGAUUCGAUUCGCAGCGAGGCGCUAUUUGCAUCCAUGUCUUCCUCUUCGUCAAGGAGCAGUGGCCCUGGACGAUCAAUUGGACCUGCUUUCACAAAUCUCAAGGGUAGCCACGACGGAGUCAACAACAAAAGCAGCAACAGCGAAGAAGAUAGCAAAAUCGGUCGUUUGGAAGAGUUAAAGCAACAAGAAGCUGACCUGGCACGACAAUUGGCAGAAAUACGAAUGGAGAAAUUAUCUGCUCUUCGUUCAAAGCCAUURACAAUCGGUGUGAUUGGAUUCGGAAGAUUUGGUCAAUUCAUCUCUAAAACGUUUGCKAAGCACGGGAACAUUGUUGUGACAUCUCGUAGUGACUACACUAAUGAAGCAGAUGAAAUGGGGGCAGAGUACGUUCCACUCUCCGAUCCUCAGUCCUUUCUGGACAAGAAUUUGGACGUAAUUAUUCUUGCAACGUCGAUUGUCAGUUUUGAAUCUACCGUGAAGAACCUGACGCCACAUUUGAAAGACUAUGUUUCCAAGGGAARRAAAGGACCAUUGUUGGUCGAUGUUCUGAGUGUGAAGGAACAUGCGCGGGACAUUUUGUUAAAGCACUUGCCUGAAGAAUGUGACAUUCUAUGCACACAUCCUAUGUUUGGACCUGAUUCAGGAAAAAAUGGAUGGCAGAACCUGAAUUUUGUUUUCGAAAAGACAAGGGUAGACGGCGUGUUGUUUGAUCCCAGUAGUCACAUCGAGCUCCAAAAUACUGCAAGCAAUGACCGAUCGUACAAUGAAGCCUAUUCCUAUAUCGAGGCAAUGGACAGAAUAGAACGGUUCCUGAGUAUAUGGGAAGAAGAGGGGUGUAGAAUGGUACCCUUGAGCUGCAAAAAGCACGACGAAUAUGCUGCGAACUCACAAUUUAUCACGCAUCUUAUGGGAAGAAUUCUUGGAAAACAAGGUUUGCAGAAGACGCCGAUUGAUACAAAAGGUUUUGAAUCUGUCCUCAAACUCAUUGAUUCGACUACGGCAGAUUCAUUCGAUCUAUUUUAUGGCUUGUACAAGUACAACAAACGAAACAGCCAGUCCAUCAUUCAUCAGCUUCAGGACGCUAUGGAUGACGUUGUAGAUAAUCUGAAGAUUCUUGAGAGUGAAGACAUGAAAAAACAAGAACURAGACAAGCUCAAGAGGACGAACAAAACCGACAGGAAUCGGAAUCUGCUACAGACAAGAAAGCAAUGGGGGCCUACUUGGAAUAAUAUGCGACGAGUUCAGUUUAACUUAAUCUAGAGAAGAAAAAUUCAURAAUUGU